CCUUAGCCCCCGCCCCCAGCUGCCAGUCCCCAGCAGCUCAGUCCUGCAGUGAGAGUCUUGGGAGUCCAUAGCUAAGCACCAGGAGCUGAGCACUGUCCGCUGUGCCUGCCUGCAAGUCUCCGACAUGGCUCAGGAGAAAAUGGAGCUGGACUUUGAGCCUGAUACAUCUGAUGGGGGCACCCUGAGGAGAUCCAGCAGUGCUCCCCUGAUCCAUGGGCUCAGUGACCUUUCACAGGUUUUUCAACCUUAUACCUUUAGAACUCGGAGGAAUAGUACAACAAUUAUGAGCCGUCAUAGCCUGUUGCUGUCAUCCUCGCCUAACCGUGUUCCUAGUAGCAGACUGCAUCAGAUCAAAAGGGAGGAGGGCAUGGAUAUGAUGAACAGGGAAACUGCACAUGAACGGGAAGUGCAGACAGCAAUGCAGAUAAGCCAAUCAUGGGAUGAGAGCUUGAGCCUGAGUGACAGUGAUUUUGAGAAGCCGGAGAAACUAUAUUCUCCUAAAAGGAUUGACUUCACUCCAGUUUCUCCGGCACCGUCACCCACCAGAGGAUUUGGAAAGCAAUGUUUUUCACCAUCCUUACAAAUGUUUGUGAGCAGCAGCGGGCUGCCACCAAGUCCUGUUCCUAGUCCGAGACGCUUUAUGCGGAGGAGUCAGAGCCCAGUCAAGUGCAUCAGGCCCAGUGUUCUUGGUCCUCUGAAAAGAAAAGGUGAAAUGGAGACAGAAAGCCAGCCCAAGAGGCUCUUCCAAGGCACUACCAGUAUGCUGUCUCCGGAGGCUGCGCAACUGUCCGAUCUCAGUUCAUGUUCAGAUAUUUUGGAUGGCAGUAGUAGCAGCAGUGGCUUAUCCUCAGACUCACUGGCUAAAGGCAGCACAACUGCAGAGUCUCCAGUAGCAUGCUCCAAUUCAUGCUCUCCGUUCAUCUUGAUGGAUGAUCUCUCACCCAAGUGACUUACCCAUUUCUGAUUCAGCGUUUUAACUGCUGUUCCUUACGUAAAACAUUCAGUGAGGAACGCAGAGAACUUUGAUCCCUAAUGAGGAUUAAAGUGUGACAGACUUAAAAACAAAAACAAACCAUUUUGAUGCCAUUCUUUUUGGCAUCGCUCUUCUCUAAAGUUCAAUUUUACGAGUGUAGUGACCUUACUAUGUCUCUUUUUGCUGAUCUCAUUUUGGAUCUAGUGACUAAAUAUCCAAUACUCAUUUUCGAUUGAUGAGAGUAUAUCUAUAUUUUUUUCCUCAGUGCCUCUGAGGGCACCUAUUGUAGAGUCUAUACGUUUAAGGAAAGCACUGGUGUGUAUUUUCAACAGUGGUUCUUUUUCCCAGCAGUGACACGACAGCUAAAGUUGAUCAGAAAUUCUCUUGCUUGAGAGAUUUGGUUUUUUGUUCUGUACUGUUUUGUUUUGUUUUGUUUUCUGUUGACUACAUAGUUUCAGAUUUCUUUAUUUCACAAUAAUAGAUGGAUUGCUUUCGAUUAUAUUAAAUUUUUAUUUUUCUGCAUCAGCUUAAAGUACAUCAUUUUGUUUCCCUUUCCUGUUUGAGCUGCUUACUUGCCAUUUCUCACAGCGGGGAAGAAACACAUAGUCGCUUUCAUUACUAUCCAUAUCGCUUCUUUGCUGGUGGAGUGUAUGACGUGAGGAUUGAUUUUAGUGCUGAGAAUGUAAAUGGACUUGACAGGAUGCCUGGAUGACUCACCACAGGUUCUUAUGCCUUAGCCACCACAGUUGAUAUUUUUCUCCCCAAACCUGUUCCCCGAAGGAAUAUAUAAAAUAUUAUUAAUGUUUCUAGGUGGUGUUAUCAAGGAGAAGAGAUUCCUGCCUUGACCAGAUGUGUGGAGCAUCUACAAAUGAAUGAAUAAUGUUAUUUACACACAGAGCACUGUGUAGAAAAGCGUACAUGGAGCUUGACAGCUUGUUUCGGGUGGUAUUAUGAGGCCUGGGGUGCCUCGGGGUACAGUGUUGUGCUGUAAAGUUGGAUGUCAUAAGGUAGGGGAGAAAAGGGGGCUUUAUGUGUCUGAUUGCCACAUAUUGUUUCGAUUGCUGCUUUUUUUUUCUUGAUUACUUUUUUGUCAUUGGAUUUGUUGGUUUUGUCACGUGGUGAGUUGCGUGCUGCUGCCAAUUGUGUUUGGGUUAUCGUGUUGCCACCAGAGUCCGAAUCCAGUUCUUGUUGAUGCUGCCUCCUAGUAAGGGCAGUUUAAUAUCUACGAGGAAGCUUUUAGGAGAUGAAAAAGUCGAUGUUACUGUGCAUUUUGCUUUGAAGAAGCUGUUUGAGCUGUGAACAGUGUACAUGAUAGUAAGUCUGAAGUACUAUAAGUUAUUUAAUUUUUAAAAGAGGAAAAUCCUGAUAGAGCUAUUUAAAAAAAAAACAAAAAAACCGAGUGUAAUCUAUUGUUGUGUUAUUUAUUAUUUAAAACUGUGUAAAAAUAUCUGUUGUGCUAGGUUUGUUUUAAUGUUCAGACAUCGUGGUUGGAUCGUCUGUGUUUAAUAUGCAAAUUUGCCUGCUAGGAUCAUAAUAUUCCACUUUUGAAACGAACGUAAGAAAUGAAAACUACUGCCUCUGUGUCCUUUGAAGGCAAAGAUUCUUGAAUUUUAAUGGAAGAUGAUGUGCUUUGAGGGUCCUCACAGAGUAGUCCUACUGUAUGGCUUGAAGGGAAAUCUAUCCUCUUGGACUUACAAGAGCGUAUCACUUAGCUUGCAGUAAGUAGUUCUGUUCCCGCAUCAGAUGUGAUGUUGAUUUUAAACUGUAAUAACCACCACGAUGGCCAUUAAUGGCUUGAUUUCUCCUAUUGCUUUCACCUGUGCAAAGUCCAUUACCUUUCAAGCCUAACAUAAGUGUACAUAGUAUGAGGCGUGUUCCCUAGCGUGCCAUUUUAAAGAAAAACUACUUCAAUGGUAUUCAGUGUAGCUCUUCUGUUCCUGAAAGAACCACGUUCAGAUGUUUCUGCCCAUAUAAUGCCGAGAGAUGGUUUUCUCUUUUACAGGAUAUUCAUCCACCUUCGCCCUACUGUCUUCUUUGCCUUAAAGGGAUACUUUUGGCCAUGAUUUUUUGGCUCUAAUUAGGACUCGUAAGAAACAACCUUCGGAAUGUGAUGGCAUUUAAAUUUCUUUUUGAAAUUCAGCGGUGGGUGAGAAUUGGGACAGGAAAAUGAAGUCGUUAACAGUACUAGUGUGAGAACUAGGAGACGAGAUGAGUCACUUCAUCAUUUAAACCGAGGUUCGUUUUUAUUGUUCAAAUUGACUAGAAAGUUAAGUUUUAUGCAGGGAUCGUUUUGGAAUAAAUAAAAGAUAGAGAUACUAACCUUCAGAUGAACUUUGUUGACAGUACCCCUUAUUUUUAUAUGAAGUCUAAUAUUUGAAAAGUGGUCAUUAUUAUAAAGUAAAAUUCUCUCUUAUUCUAAUAUAUCAUAUUUCAGGCUUCUAUUUGAAAGCAAGUACGAGAGAUGAUCUGAUAAGAAAAUCCUAUAGAUGCUCUUUUUGCUUGACUAACAUAUAAUCUUACUGUGUUUCUUGAUAACUGCUUUUGGAAUAAAUAGGAAGUUUUGUGAAAUGCUGACCUUGUGUUAUCUUAGAAUGCAUAUUUAAUAAAGUGUGUAUACAUGCAUAAAAUUCUGUAAAAGUU